AUGGUGGGCAAAAAGAGUGGAAAGGCGCUUUUGCGCGAGGAGGGCCUCGAAAGGACAGACAACAACAUGGAGUUGACAUCUUGGCCUCAGAUCAUGUCAAUUAACCAAAAGAACUAUUAUACGGAGUACCUCAAACGAGACGAGCAGAUUUUAGCAGUCCGAUCUCAGCAAGAGGAAGCCCGGAACAAGUUAAUAAAACAGCAUAAAGACCGAGACCGGGCAUUGGCACAAGGAAAGCCUGUGGGACCGGACGGCGACAUUGACAUGGAAGAGGGCGAGGAUGAGGAGGAAGCUGAAGACGAAGCUUCCAGUGGCGCUAAGACUAUUGUCAUCCAUCUUGGGUCGCAGAAUCUCAGAGUUGGCCUCGCAAACGAUGCUCUUCCCAAGACCGUCCCGAUGGUCAUUGCACGACGUGCCCCCAUGGCUGAAAGCGAGGAGAACGAUGGCGAACCGGCACCGAAACGAGCAAAGCUAGACAAUGGUCGAUAUCCUCCAGAGCCAGAAAAGCGUUUCGGGGAAGAUUUCCAGAAAAAGUUCUCCGCCAUGUCGAAUGACUUGAAAGUCAGAAUGAGAAUGAACAAGCGAAAAGUGCUGCCUCAGUCCAGAGACAUGGUCACAAGCUACAAUCGAAGGAAUACCUUCGAGACCAUAACAGAACACAAUGACACCAUGCGCAUUGAAUGGACCGACACAGGAGGCGACGGAAAGGAUGCUCCAGAAUACAUCACCGGAAAAGCUGCUUUGCGGAUCCCAGACCAGUCCACGCCUCGCUACAAGCUCUACUGGCCAAUUAAGCUUGGUUGGUUCAAUGAAGCCGAUUACCCUUCGAAACGGUUCCUGUAUGAAGACAUUCGGCUCAUCGUCGAAGAUGCGAUCAAAUCACAACUGGAGCUCAAGAUUCGCACUCGAAGCGAUUGGGGUCAAUACAGCUGUGUUAUUGUCAUCCCCGACUAUUAUGAGAGGAUGUAUGUCACGAGUCUUCUCGACAUGGCUAUAACAGAGUUCGGCUUUGGCCGAGUGUGCUUCAUCCAAGAAAGUUUGGCCGCGUCCUUCGGUGCAGGUUUCACCACCUGUUGUAUAGUUGAUAUUGGCGCACAAAAAACCGCCAUUUCAUGUGUCGAAGAUGGCAUGGUGAUUGAGAAUUCGCGAGUCAACUUGAAGUACGGUGGCAGAGACAUCACUGAAGCUUUUGUGAAGAUGGUUAUCUAUAACCAUUUCCCAUAUGCGGAAAUCAACCUGAACCGACGUUUUGAUUUUCAGCUUGCAGAAGAACUGAAGCAGAAAUUCUGCACCAUGAAUGAGGCCGAUAUCUCUGUUCAAUUGUACGACUUUCAUCUCAGGGCUCCUGGGCAGGAAACUAGAAAGUACACAUUCAAAAUCUACGAUGAAGUCAUUUUGGCGCCAAUGGGACUGUUCAGACCACAGAUCUUCAAUGAAUCAGGGAAGCUUGAAGGCCGGCGGAAAUUGAUCGACAAAUCCUACGACAUAUACGACGGCAAGCCCAACGAUCCAAGUUCGACUGCUCAGGCGGAGAUACUCACCUCAAUUGCUCCAGACGAAGUUUUGACCACGACUAAGAACAACCCUAAAACAAACGGCGUCACCAACGGCACCACCAACGGCGCCAAGGAAGAAUCCCACAACGCAUCUCGCCGUCCAUCAUUCAGCAACAUCAAGGAGAUGGACGCUACCCCUCAGCCAUCUGCAGCGAGCUCUCCUGCCCGACAGCUAGACGGUACGCCGCAACCAGAUGACGCCGAUGGCGCUGCCCCUCGUGACGAGAAGCCCAAGGUGGAAGAAGAGGUAGAAGAACCAUUGAGCAUCGAACGACGUGAUGACAUCCUACCAAUCUAUCCUCUCCCCAACGCAAUUGUCACUUCCAUCACUCAUGCCGCUAAAAACUCACCUCAGAAGACAAGUGAUCUCCUCAGUAGCAUUAUGCUUACAGGAGGCACCAGCAUUAUCCCUGGCUUGGCAGGGCAUCUAGAGGAUACUCUCAAAGGCAUCCUACCCGGCUACGGCAAAGAUAUUCUGAUUUCGCGGCCUCCAAGGGAGCUUGAUCCGCAAGUCGUUGCGUGGAAGGGCGGCGCAGUCUUUGGGCGGAUGAGUCGAACCAAUGAUAGCUGGGUGACCCCCUUUCUGUAUGAGAUGCUAGGAGAGCGGAUUCUGGCGCACAAACUAAUGUGGGCAUGGUGA